GACAAAACAUCUGACAUACGACACCGCGUUUGACCAGACUGACGAAACAGAACGAGCCGGCGAAAACGUUCGCUUAUGUUGUCUCGAUAGGACUUCUCAGUUGCUGUGACGCCGCGUCGAUUAUGAUACGAGGAAUUACAUACAUGCUGAUAUGAUUUCUUAAUGUAAUCACAGCGAACGUGGUUUAUUGCGUAGGGAAUUUAGCCUUCAGAGUCAAGUUCAGCGACGGAAAACAAUUUUAUUCUCUCUGACUGUCACCUGGUAUGUAAGUUUACUUUGAACGUUACGAAUUGUACAUUAAAAUGUAUCGCACAUUAAAGUUUGGGUACUUAGACUUGGUCAAACUUUGUGCUUAAGAAUGUUUAAGAUAUAUUAAUCUACAAAAAGCUUUUAGUAAAUCGGUGUUAAAUACUGUGCUAUGGCGGUAAUGGCGCAAAGGUGAUAUGUUUUGUCUCAACUUGUCCGAGUUUUUUGGCAUGUCAACAAACAUUACGCAAAAUUGCCGCAAAUUAUGUAAAAGUGCGCGCUGCGUGAUCACUAGUGCUCACUAAAGGCGCAAUUAAUGUUAUUCAAUAAUUGCGAAAUAUUCCGAGAACAUAUAUUAUGGCGUAUUUCACGAAAAUUAUACAAAUAGAUAUUUUAUAAAGAAAAUUUCCGAUAUUUCAUAAAGAUUAUACUAUUGGGAAUUUAUAAUUAAUUAUAGCUUUCUAAUGCAUUUCAUGGCUAAUGUGAACGCUUAAUAGUAUAUUUAUUUAUAUAAUCCUUUAAAGAUUUUGCUAAUGGGCAUUUAAAAUAGUUUCGUGCAAUAUGCCAAUACAUGUCAGGACUAAUACAUUUCUCAUGGCGCAAUAAUCGAUUCCGUUAAAUAGCCUCGAUUGAAAAGUCAAUAAAAACGUCGACUAAAUAUAAUUUUACAAUUCACACAAUCUCGUGCUGAAUCGUGCGAUCGAAAUUCGUUUACAAUCUUUUAUUUUAAUCUUCUAUGCACAAGUUUUGUGACAUAAUAUACGCUUUAAAAAGUUAAAAAUGUAUAAAAUGCAAACAAUAUUAUGUGAGGUCAAAACAGAGUUGAGUAGUUCAAUGAUUGUUUGAUUGAAUCUAUGAUUUAAACGUCAUCAGACUAAUUUGAACAAAAGUAACGCGAACUUGACUUCGGUGGUAUUUUUCGUAGUACAACGGCUUAAAUAUUGGAAUAUGUGUGCGUCCAAGACCAAGUAUACUCGAAAGACCUUUCAUAAAUUCCAUAUUACAAAGUCCCUUGAUCAGCUGAUACGCAGAAUGAUAUGAACGUUUCGCAAGCAUUUGAGACUCCGAAGGGCUAAAAGGACUUAGUUUUAUUUUGUUUAUAUAACCUCUUAAUCGAAGAUUUGCCCUAUAAAAAGCACAGACGGCUUAUCAAGGGAGCUCUCAUGAUUUCAUCUUUACAAUUUAAUAAUGCCCCACACAAAAAAUUACAUUAAUUAAACCACUGGACUGGCGUAGAAAUCACUUGGGCUGAGGGGAACUUAAUGGGCCAUUCUCCUUCGCAGUCCGAAGAGGCUUUUUACGAUUUUAGUUUAACACGAGGGCUGUAUGCAUAUAUAUCUUAUAUACAGUACACUAGAUAGCGCAUCUCUUUUAGUAAAAUUGAAGCCAAGAAUAUUCCAGCGGUUACCCCCAUUUGAAUAGAUGGCGGCCAUGUUGGUAGUUGCCACUUGCUAAUAAACGCCGGCUUAAAAACAACAAUAACUUUCAUCAUUUGAAUAGUUUAGAAACGUAUUUGGAAUAGGGUUAACUUAAUGUUUAAGUUCCCUGUUUAAGAAAUAGAAAACAUACGAAUCUUCUCAUUUCAUGGGAACGACCUGAGACUGCAAUCACGGCUUCAAUUUUUGAAUUGCAGAAUAAUUAGAUGCACUAUCUAGUGUAUAUAAGAUAUCUAUGGCUGUAUGUCUUGAAAAUGUGAGACCAGACACUGCAGAAUGAAAGCAUUCUUGUCCCCAGAGCCAUUUUUACUCGGUCACUUGUUGAAAAUUAGGCUCUGGGUUAGACGACUAAAGGGAGAGAUCUGAUUGGCUUCUCCGAGAACUGCUAUUUCCGAUAAGUUGAGCAGUUUUUCGCCAGGCAAAAUCAUUCUAUCAAAAUAUGUCAAUACAAAUACUUCGUUUCUUCGUAAUACUUCUCUGUUAAAAUUGUUACGGUACUAAAGCGUCCUAAUUCAAGAGCAUGCGCUUUAGAAACUACUGCAUGUUUUCUUGCACUUCCGGGUCCUUGUAUCCGAGGGCCUAUGAAGUCUAUGGCCCCGUUUACACUAUACCGGAUUGCUAUGAUCGGAGUGGGUCAAAUUUUGUAGCUAUUGAAAGGCAGUGAAUUUUAAUCUCAGAGACCCAAAUAAACAUGCCAAUUCUGUCAAACUAAUAAGCAUUUGCUACUAACCAUUGCUCCGUAACGGCAAAAGAAGAUGUCAUGACCAGCGAAUCCGGUAUAGUGUAAACAGGGCCUAUGAAGAUCGCCGCGCGCGGCUGAGAGGCCCUGGGAACGAGGAUGGCUACUGACUUGCUAGUCUCAGUUUUUUCCAUCAUACGGCUAAUCAGUUCAUGAAAACAUGAUAUUAUUCCUAAAUAAGUCAAAACACGAAAUUUUGGCACACUCCUUGCACCCUUAUGUUAACCGCGCGGACAAAAAUCAGCAUGAGCUCCACCUUUGAAUCAGUAAAUUAAAUUCUAAAACACGUCCGAACUUAUCAUUAUGAUUUUCAAGAUUUUAAAAAAAAGUUUAAAAAAGAAAAAAAAAGUUUAAAAAGUUAGAUUUUCAGAAAAGUUAAAGUGGAAGUCAAGCCCGUUAUGUAAACAAACGGUUUGUUUACAUUUUGAACUGCUGUAUUUAAGUAUUUUUUUAAAUAUGAUGUACUGUUUGAAUAUCUAACACUAUUUUGGUUCGCUAUGCUUCUAAAUGAAUAUGAAAUAAAGUUUAUGUUCAGAAAAAUUCGAAACAUUCGAAAUUUAGGCAAUGUUUACAUUAUGCAAUGUUUACAUUGUUAUGAGCAGAACCGAUGCGCAGAACGGACUUGACUCCCACUUUAAAAAAGUUUAAAAAGUUAGGGUUAGGGGUUAGUGGUUAGGGUUGGGGUUAGUGUUAGGGGCUAGAUGCCGCGAAUUUAUUAUUAUGAUAAAUUCAAAAUGUGCCGCGAAUUUAUCAUAAUGAUAAAUGCGGACGUGUUUAAGAAUUUACUCAUAUAGUAAAUUCAAAGGUGGAGCUCAUGCUGACCAAAAACAGUGCCAGUCGGCAAUGGACGUCAACUGAUUUUUGCCAUAUUUAGCUUAACCGACACUUUUCCGGUUCGCUAUACUUGUAAAUGAAUAUAAACUCUACGUUUCAAUUCAAAAAAGUUCGAAAGAUGCAAAAUUUGAGCAAUGUUUAUAUCUGGGGGUCCCCCUUUGUUAUGAGCAGAACUGAUGCGCAGAACGGAGUGGACAUCAUCUUUAACUUUUUGUAUCGGUCUCACUCCAGAUAUAAUAUCGAGUUCACUGCGCUGAUCCUAAGUUUGAGAUAUGAUUUUGGUGUUGUACAGUAACCAUUCUGUCUAUCGCAUAUCAAUAUUUAAAGCGUCCCACUGGCUUAUCUUUUACCGAAAUCAAUAGCAUACAAUUACGAAACAAUUGCUCUUUAUCGCAACAUUGUUUUGAAUCUUUAUAAGCCGAUUCUCAGUGUUGGUUAUAAUUCUUUCUAGAUUACUAGAAUGUUCGAUGCUUUGAUAUUUCAUUUUAGUACCUAAGUUAAUUAACACCGUGAAUUGCCUAUUUUGACUUAGAUCACUGGAAUUUGUUUAAGUGAACUUCUAGGUAAUUCUUUCAGAUUUUCAGGUAAUAUGGAAAGCAAACUAAGAAUGCUAAAUGUUAGUUGCAUUUCCGGACUUUCUGGGUGUCUAAAUCUUCAAAUUUUUAAGUGGGAGCAUUCCCCGGAACUUCACGAGUAGACUUGGCCCCGUAUCCCAUUGUGCUAAUAUAUAUUCUUUCGAAAGAAACACUUGCUAUUUCAAUGUACUCAUGGAAAACCCAAAACUGCUUUUAGGUAACGUGAAAAGUAAUUUAAAAAUUUAGGUAAUUGGGACUUUCACCUUCCCCCGCCCCCAAGGACAAAGUCUUACCUACGUUCCUGUGCACCAGCAAUGUUGCCGAUGAGAAUGGGAAUUUGGCAAAAUAAUGUAGGUCGGAUGACUGGGAUUUUGAUAAAAUUUUGGGCGGGAAUAUAUGAUUGAAACCCCCUUCACGACCCUCUAACCGAGGUUGUUCCAAGGACAUCAUAAUAAACCUUGCCAUAGUAACAGAUUUUUGGCGGGAAGAUAUGAUUGAAACCCCCUUCAUGAUCCUCUGACAGAGGUUGUUCCGAGAACAUUUUUAAGUCUCAUAAUAGAUCUUUUGUACAAAUGAUGCAGAGGCUUGUACAAAUGAUGCAGAGGCUUGUACAUAGACACAUAAUAACAGACUUGCUACAAGUUGUUCCAACAAGACUUAUACAGGCUGUUCUAUACGAGCUUUGUCAUAAACUUGGUAACAACUUGUUAAGAUGGAGUAAUACGGGCACAAAAUUGCUGCAACUUGCAACAAAAUCUGAUUUUCUACGCAUGUUAAUUGAAAAUGUUUACACAUAAAUUACAAAUCACAAGGCAACAUGCGUCAACAUUUGUACUUAACAUGCGUUGAAAUCAGAUUUUUUUGCAAGUUGCAGCAAUUUUGUUGCUCGUAUUACUCCAGCUUUACGUGCAGACGAUAUCGGACUUGUUGAACAACCUGUGUUGUUGGGUCUGUUGGCCUCAUCAACCUUGUUACAAGACGAUAUAACAAGCUGUGAGAUGUUUACGUGUGUAUAGUCUAGGCUUUGCUCUAUUGCGACCUGACGAUGCUCAAUGUUGGGUUAUUAAAAAUCUCAGUAUACCACAAAAGCCACCAUAUGUAAUGUAUUAUUGUAAUGCGUAAGUGUGACAGAAUUUCGUUACAAUACUGAAAAACUUUCAAAGCGUUCCCGUCGUCUUUAUUUCCACGUGGCGCGAACAGGCGAUUUCCUUUGCCAAAAUGCCGUCCAAAACUCCAGCGGCAAUUGCAUAGUAAAAAUUUGGCGACAUUGCGCCACAUUGGCAUAGAGACCACUUGGUUAUUGGUAUUUGACCACUUGCGGUUGAGCCAAAAUAAAUCUUUUUGCCAUAAUUCAGCCUUCCGUAAUUUUGAUACUGGAUGAUAACUGAUCAACGUUUUACAGCUAUUCACUAACUUUAGUUAGGAUUGCAUUCCGGUUAAGUCGUUUUUUGUACGUACAUUCAAGACAUUCAAGUACAUGUAUGCGCUUGUAAAAGUUUCAGUAGAUUUAAAGGUGACUCAGUUAUGAAAAUAACCCUGAAUGAGUAAAAUGAACAAAACCAAAACUGGAUGCAUAUUUUAGCCCGUUGAAAUCUAAUAGCCUAAUAAAGAUUCCAUAAUUAGUUCUUGUUUUAGCCAAAAAUACGAUUGGUUAGCGGCAAGGCUAUAGUACAAUAAUUAGAUACUGGAUUGUAUAGAAUUGAUCACUAAUAGUAAUACUGACGGUAUAGUGUAUGAACUUUGACACAUGAAAGAAAGGCAAGGUCAAGGGCUUCGGUAUUUGUUAAGGUAAUAGUAGGCCUAUAUAAUUGUAUAACAGUAGGCUAGCUAGUAAUUAUUUAAGCAGUGUAAAAACACUCUUCCUCUGGUCAAAAUUUUCGUGGUUAAGCCAGAAAGUGAAACAACCCUAUUUAAUUUGUGUCAACUUAAGCCCCGUUUACACUACACUCAAUUUUUGGUACGGCAAGGAUAAAAUUGGUACCCGUACCACUUUUUUUGGUUCUUCGACUACCUAUUUAGGUAGUCCGAGAACCAAAAAAGUGGUACGGUACCAAAAAUCGAGCGUAGUGUAAACCCAGUAAACGGGGCUCAAGUAUUCGAUCCUUGGUAAAUUUCUUGGUUAUUUCAUCUUAUUUUUUAAUUUUGUUUUUGGUAUAGUCAUUACUAAUACUGUAUAUAUAUAUAUAUAGAUAUAUAUAAUAAUAAUAAUAAUAUUUCAAUUAUAUAGUGUAAAAAGAGUGCUCAACAUCAAGAAUUUAACAGAGCAAAUAGUAUUUUAACUUAAAAUUGAGUCACAACUCAGAGUUGUGACUCAAUUUUAAGUUAAAAUACUAUAUAUAUAUAUAUAUAUAUAUAUAUAUAUAUAUAUAUAUAUAUAUAUAUAUAUAUAUAUAUAUAUAUAUAUAAAAAGAAUAAUAAUAUUUCAAUUAUAUAGUGUAAAAAGAGUGCUCAACAUCAAGAAUUUAACAGAGCAAAUAGUAUUUUAACUUAAAAUUGAGUCACAACUCUGAGUUUCACGCUGAGUGCGAUCAAUCGCACUCAGCGUGAAACUCAGAGUUGUGACUCAAUUUUAAGUUAAAAUAAUAUAUAUAUAUAUAUAUAUAUACAGACAUAUAUAUAUAUAUAUAUAUAUAUAUAUAUAUAUAUAUAUAUAUAUAUAUAUAUAUAUAUAUAUAUAUAUAUAUAUAUAUAUAUAUAUAUAUAUAUAUAUAUAUAUGUAUAUACAGUAUUAGUACGAUAUAUCUGAGCAUGCGCGAAUGUUCAUGCAGUAUGCAUUCUGACUGUGUGCUGUAUGGUCAUUCUUUUGCGCCAUUUUAUAUAAAUUCUAUUAAAUCUGUUCAUGCAAAUAUUGCGUAGUGCACUAUUAUUUCAAGACUGUACUUCGAAGAAAGGCAAUAAAAUGAAUAAUCGUUAAAACAAUAUAAAAUAAUAUGUAACGAUACAAAACAAUAACAUAAGCUGUGCAAUAUUCUUCGCACAAUAAAGCACCAUAAUAUUAUCUCAUCAAAUAUAUUUGAAAUAGGAGUCAAAAACAAUAAAAUUUGUGUGACACGAUAACAAACCUUCGUCCAUAAAACAGUUCUGUCACAGUUUUGUGUAAAAGCCUUGAAACUUCUAGCAUUUUAACGAACAGACACUUGGCAUUAAAGUUAAAAUUACGACCGCCGUGAUUCAGUAAAUAAUUAACUUUGACAUAUAUAUUUUAAAUCCAAUUUGAAAACGCAACGACAGCUAGAAUCGUUUUUUGAGCAGUUUUUGAAUAUUUUUGAGUGUAUACAUGCAUGAUUCUUGACGUUUUAGCUAAGUUCUGAGUGCUUUUCUAACACUUCGCGACGACAUCAUUUCUUGGCUCGGUUUGCCAUGGGGGGUCAUAAAGGUCACAGUUUAAUGCCCGUGUUUAUACAAAGACUUUGACUGCGUCCAUGUGAGCGACAUUGCAACUUUCCGAUAACAUUUGCCUUAUGCUUGGCCAUUUGGCAACUUUCCACGCUCUUUGCUCGCAAGUACGCUUAAUUUUGAAUCCUCGAGGGCCCUCAAACAACCCCAAAGCACAGCCCUUCUGCUGUCGCCUCGCGUUCCCUGCCAAUAGCUGUACAGUUUUUUCGUCGCGAUAAACUGUCACAAUUAUGCAUAAUGUAUGCAACACUUGCAGGAGGCAUUUUAGACCUAUUGCAAUCUCGCUCUUACCAAAGGGUCGGUUUGACGUUUUGCGACGGAAUGGCGAACGUCCCGAUACCUAACCAGUUGUAGCCCAGCCGUCGCUAAUCCAUCCGCCGAAAAUGAUUUUCAAGAAUCAAGCCUGAUUGCACCGUUCAGUGACAGAAAAAUUUGAAGGUAAACUGUGUUAUUUAUAAAGAGUUUGAAAUGUUGGAUUGUAUGGCAAUGCAUCGUUUGCGACCUUCGUCUAGUUUUCGCUCAGUUGAUGACACAACUGUUAAUCAAAGUCUGGGAAUUACUUUUUGUUAUUCAGGGAAUGGGGGAAUAUUAAAAAUAAGCUCGAGAAAUCUGAAAUCUGUGUCAAGUGAGAUGCAGAAAUAUAGUGUCAGUGUGUUUCGUUCCUCUCUUCCUGCUGUUUCUGAAUAGAGCCUUUCGUGUAUUUGCAGUCUGUGAUUUUAUAACGUGUUUUAGAUCUACAAAUCGCGUAGAGUUAUUACAUAAAUAUUUGAAGGCAUACAGCUUCAUUUUAAAUACAUAUUGGUCUAGUUCGUUUGCGAGCUAAUUAGAUGAAAUAUAGUCCCGUCUUUUAAUAAGGUCAUUAGUGCAAGCCAGUGCAAGACAAUUAUGUCAGGGACACUCGAAAGACUUAAAAUAAAGUGGCACUUGCCAUCUAUAUGUAAUGGAUGAUAUUCCCAUGAUCUGUUACAUAUUGGUCCAGUCAUUUUGCGAGCUAAUUAGAUGAAAUUUGGUAUACGCGCGCUUAAUUAUAAGCCUCAUUAGCGUAGGUAUAAUUAUGUGAAGGGUAACUUUCUAGAUUUCUGUCAAAGAGUUUUCAAAAGAAUUCAGAUAAAGCGGGCAUUGUUUUAAUUUUGCAGGCUACUAAUUAAGACUGCAUUAUUGAGCCAUGUAAGCAAUACACAAGUUAUGAAUCAUACAUGAAGUAGGCCUGCAUUGGCGAAAAAAAAAUUCCAAACACUUUCGUGGGCUGUUAUUUUUUGACAAGGUCAUGUAUAUCUGUCUAUAUAUUACUGCGAUUACCAUUUUAAAUCUUGGAUGUUGUACUGUACAACAAUUCAGCUCGUUUAAUUAACUAACGUCCGCGACUUGGAUUGAGAAAUUUAUUCAAUAUCAUGCUGGUAAUUAGAAAAUUACUGUUUUGAUAGAGCAUGAUGCUGUAUAUUUACCAUCUUAGAUUGUUAUCACCCUCUCAAUAUAUGAUAUUGCUUCCUGUGUUAGAAUGUCAGAGACUCGUCCGCAUAUGCAGACACAUUAAGUCCUAAUUCGAUAUAAGGCUUUCAGGCCGUUGCACAUAGCAUUUGUUUUUCACUUUUACUCUCAAUAUGUUAGCUUGUAAUGCCCACGUCUGCAAUUUAUCAUCGCACAUGAGACCACACAAGACACAAGUUAUACUUUUCCAGUAAUCAAUAUGUUGGGAAGACUAAUACAGUGUAAUCGCCUGUUUGUCAACACCCUACUUUUACUGCGCAUUUGCUUUACGAAGUUAGAUCAAACAAUGACAUUAGCAGUGUGAAAAACUAAUCAACUUUGAGAUUAUGCCACUCCGAGUGUGCACACGUGCACCGCGGGCAACCUGAAAUGUUUGGUGGGAUUUCACCAGUGAUCUGAUGGUGUGACCACCAGGGACCGGUUGUUCAAAGGUGGGUUAGCGCUUACCCUGUGUUAAAAUUUAACCUGCUGUUUUAGUUUGUGUAUUUCUGCACGUCUGUUUAUUUCAAAACUUCAGAGAAGUAAACUCCUAUGGAUCCAGACAAGAUCAGUCUCUGAAGAAAUAGUUCCAAAUUUAUAGACAAGCUGCCAGGAAGUUUGCUUCGAGUUUUAGGUUAAUCUAGGGUUAAGCUAACCCAGCUUUGAACAACCGCCCCCAGGAAUCUACUGUGAUAUUGCAUGACAUUGUGGACUCAGUCAAUAAGUUUGCCGCUCUUUUUGUUUCGCUUUAUUUCGACUUAUUUGUAUGUAUAGGUAAUAGUAUGGUUCGAGUGCAAUUUGGGAAAAACAUGCACGAGUGAGUUUUUCAAAGACGAUCAAAAUUGCACGAGUCCGAAGGACGAGUACAAUAUGAAGUCUUUUGAACUCACGAGUAUAUGUUUUUUCUUCAAAUUGCACGAGAAACCGCCAUAUGCGCUAGAUAAAACAUGAGCAGCCGAUCUGUAUCUGAUAUAAAAACUCGAGCCGAAGGCGAGUGUUUGUAUAUCAGAUACAGGUCGGAUGCGAAUGUUUUAUCGUACUUAAAAAAUGACCCAUCUUAUGAGUUUAUUGGCGAAGUAAUUUUAAAAAUAAACAUUGUCUAAGCCGAGAAAAUCAAAGUUGAAGUUAGUAUGUAAAUCAGGGCAAAUCUUUAUCCGAUUUGCAAACAUUGAUUAAACAUUCAUUUCUUUUGUAUUUUCCUCGUGAAUUAUUAAUGAAUUUUUUAAUAUUACUUAUUAAUAGUAUACAUGGAAGAAUUAACGUCAGCCAUAUUUUUACAAAAAAAACGCCAGCCAUUUCUGUACUCUUAAAAACUCCUAAAUGUUUUUUAUUCUGCAUUAUUUCUGCUGGAAAUUACUGUAUCUUAUUGGCUAUCUUUGUUAUUGUUUCAUAUUUUAAGCAAUCGGAAAGCCUAAAUAGUCAAUGUACUUGGCAAUGUAUUUCUUUUUUUUGCAAUGUAUUUCAUUUUUUGGCACUGUAGUUCAAAAAAAUUGCAUUGCUCUUAGCCAAUCAGAAUUGAGAAAUUUUUUCAUGUAUAGUUCUUAAUUAUGCACGAGUUACCUAAUAUUUUUCGUGUCCCUUUAAUUAACCUUUCCUUAAUCUCUAAAUUCUACCAAUAAAUCAAAAACUUCGCCGACUAUAUCUUGGAAUAACAUAGCAGUUUUCCUCAUUAAUAUUGCCGAUCGUAACCCUCCCGGCAAUGUAAUUUGUUCGGGGUCAAAAUUUGUUUACUUAAACCAGGUAGCGAAACAUGUGUGAUGUUGUAGUACAUGAACCUGUCUUUAAAAAUAGAUGGUUGAAAAUUCGGUGUCUCGAAUAUUUGUUCUUCAGGUUUGUGAAGAAUGAUUACGUCAUAAGAUGGCGGAUGCAGACGAGCGAUCGAGAAAACGAGCCGAACGACGGCUCAAGAGGAAAGAGAAUGAGGAAUUGACUGGGGGCAAUGACGUCCAUGGUAAGUUUUCAUUUUCAUUUAUGUUAUGAUAUACGCACGGCCAGGGCGCAAAAUAACGGCCGGUCAACGGACAAUGUCCGGCCAGAAUGCGGAGUUGUCCGGUCAAAUUCUUACCUUGCCGGUCAUUUCACCGGUCACUUUCGGUAAAAGAUCAAACUUAUCUUCAUUUUAAUUAAUAAUCAAAAUAAAGUUGUCAAGUAUUAUAAUAACAUGUUGUCGAAUAUAUUGCGGGAAAAGAACUUCAAUGUACGCCAGCUUUCCCACACUGUAUGUCACAAAGCCCAUGGCCAUGCCUUUGGCUUAAGAGUUAAGGCUAUGCUUUUAGCGCAGUGCAAGCUGUUUUAGCGAAGUGCAAGCUGUUUUAUGUUUUUAAUUACUGAUUACAGUAAGGCUUUUUGUAAUGCUAUACUGUGAAAAUAGUCACAUUUUUAGAGGUGUACUUUACUAGGCUUUGCUUUAAGCUGAAUAAUUUGACCAGCCAGAAAUUCGGCAUGUCCGAGCUAAAAUUGAGUUGGCCGGUCACCUUGACCGGCGACCCUCCAGCCGUUAUGAUUUGAGAAGUAUUGGUCGUAUCAAUAGACAUUCAAACCUUUAACCUAUUUAGAUGUAGGUUUAUUGACAUAGCAUGACCAGUUGUCAUGGCUUUCUCACUCCCGAAAACCGCGAUUCGUCCCAGAUACCCAAAUAUCUUCGAAUAGAUUCAGUUUAAUCAGGCACAUGGAUCUGAUUUUGUUUUUGUAUUCUAUUAGGUGUACCAGAAAUUCACAUGAAUGGCGCUGACCCGGACAUCAGCCGAGAGACGGCGGAAGGACUGGAGCUGAAAUCUGAUGCUGCACUCCCGGAUGUUGUGAAAGUUCCUUCAGGAUUGGAUGAAAAUUGGGAGAGGUAAGAAUUGGGAAAAAUGGGGAUAGUUGGGUAGAAUUUGCUGUCCUUAAAGUGUGAUUAGGAAUGAUUAAAUAUUCUAUUCUUACCUGGGUUUUUGAUGCUUUAAUCAUUAAAGACGUGGUUUCGUAAUGCAUAAUUUGUUAAGCUAUCUUAUACCAUACUAGUAUACGUAAAUUUGUGCUGUGUUUAUCAAUUUUAAACUUUGUAAAUUCUAAAUGAUGAAUAAUUCUAAAUGAUGUACAAUGCAUACUGCCUAAUAAAUGCGAGAUAUUGAGAUUGACAUGAAGCGAAGACUUCCUGCAGGGCGCGAAAUUAAUUUGAUUUGGCAGUUUUAUUUGAAAAGAUUAAAGGGUUUGAAUGUGACACAUUGGGGCGCAUUGCAACUUAAUGAGUUAAGUAACACAUGCAUGGCCAGAUAGUUUAAUUAACUCAUUGAGCGCCAGCACUCUCUCCUUGGCAAGUAAAAUUGUCUGGCAUUAGACAGAUUUUACUUGACAAGUUGGGCGAAUUGGGGCGCGAUGCAACACAAUGGGUUAUAAAAACUUAAUUGUCUUAAUAAUAACAUCAUUACAACUUGUCGACAAAGUUGCUACAAACUCGUUGCCAAUAUAUCACGGGAGAAACUUAUGAUAAGAGGACAGCUAUAUAACAUUUUGAAACCCUCAGUUGGAAAGUCUUGGCAAAAAGACGUGAUUAAAUAUUUAAAAUUGGUCUUGAUAGAUAGAUAAAACUUUUAUUUUGAUAGGGUGGUCUCAUCAGACCACAACUGGUCUGUUAUCAACGAGAGCCCUAUAUAACUACAAUAAGUUCUAUAGUACAUUCUAUCAAUUAUGUUAUAAAAACUACACUAAUGUCAGACUAUUAGCUAUGAUAUGAUAUUAAUAUAUUACUUAAGUUAAAAUCCAUUGAAAGUUUAAAAGUAUCUAGAGAAGACUGUGACCUAAGCGAUUAAAAGCCUUAGCUCCAUUAUAGUAAAAAGAUUUCUUCGCCAUUUCUGUUCUAACUCUUGGCAGAUGCAAUAAAUUGCUUUGGCGGGUAGUUCUUACUGAUAUAUAAAAUAUUUAACAAAUAGAUAAGAUUUUGCUGUUGCCUGUUCAGUUUUAGAUAUACAGUAUGACGUCAUAAUGUGGGCAGAACAAAUAGCUUACUUUUUAUCCACCCAUUUGGAAAUUUGAAAAAGUCAAAAUUUUACAAAUAUCACGCGUACAGGAUCUACACAAAUAAGGGAAUGCUAUUGGAUAAAGUUUUGUGUGACGUAAUUCGCGUCUGUCCUCUAAUAGAUCAUGGCUCUCGACCAAUGAAAGCGCUUGAAUUCCUAACGUUAUUAUAUAAAUAUGUAUAUCUUCACGUCUGUAUUACACAUGUCUAGGCCAGUGACACCGGAGAUUGACGACGAAGGUUUUGCACAUGGGAAGAACGGAUACAGGUCAUACAGUAAUGCUGUUGCUGCGAAUGCGCAGAAAUCAGCCUUGCAGAAAAAGAAGGAGCAAUAUGCGAACACGGCGCUAAGAGGACAGCGGUACGACAGUGAAGAAGAUGCGGAGUUUGAACCCGAGGUACAACCUUCGGAGAAUCGCAAUGACCCCCCUGCACGAAAGGUCUCUGGGAGUAGCGUCAAGGAGGAUGAGUGGUCUCAGUUAGCACAGCAGAGAACGACGCCAGGGGGAGGUGAAUUUUAUACGGACGAGGAACUCAAUCAGAUGGAUAAACAGUCUCAAAGCAGCGGUGACAGAAGCAGGAAGGUAUGUUUCCUAGGGAGGGGCAUUUGCCUGCCAGGAAGAAGUUUAUCCUGGAAACUCGCUCCACAGGGACCAAAACACCAAAACUGGGGGGGGGGCGGAUUUCUUGGGAUACCGGAAUCCCAAAAACAUUUUCUAGGUUUCGUGCUAAAAUACUUAAACUUUUAAUAUACAUUCGUAAGGUAAGCGAGGAAUGGCGAACGGCAUCAAAGACCACAACAGCCCGAGGCGUCAACAAACCAAAAAGCAGCCUCAAGACAUCAAAUUCCUGGAUACGCGAGAGACCUCAAUUGCCAGAGGAACCUGUCCUUAAGGAACCUCCUUGGUUGGAUCUUGUCAGAAAACGAAGAUGGAGGUUGGUGUUUUGUUUUCUUUUACGUAAUAUUUCAAAUCCGACUAUGAGGACUGGAUCAGAUUGCAAGUCCUUGCAAUUUGAAAUCUAGUCCAGCCCGAAUUGGAGGAUUUGAAAUGACAUCUCAUACGAAUAAUAGUCCUAAGACUGUAUAUAUCAAUAUACAUCACCAGGUAUCCAGUAUUAUCAUGUGAGCAAAAUAAAGCAAUAUGUUUGGCUAAUUUACUCAUGAAUUAUUAAUGAGUUUCGAGACGUAAUAUUUCAAAUCCGACUAUGAGGACUGGACUAGAUUUCAAGUCCGCGCAGCCGAGCCCGAGGCGAAGCCGAGGACUGGAUCAAAAUGCAAGAACUUGAAAUCUAGUCCAGUCCUCAAAGUCGGAUUUGAAAUGACAUCUCAUACGAAUAAAUCACUAUGGAGCUUUAGAUUUGACUACGAGUACGACUACGAGAUUUGAUCGCGUGCGAAGAAAUUACCGUAGUCGUUUUCGUUUCGAUUCAAAUGUUGCUUUUAUAACAGUAAACCAACAACGAGAGAAAAAGUUUCAUAAACUAAAUCUCCUGCAGACUAAAAUCCCCUACAAAACGUGUAAAUAAGUCAUAACAUUAAAAACAGGCCAGAUAUUUAGUACUAAUAUAUUAUUUGCGCCGGAUAAACGCUAUAGAAAUGCUACAAAUUAUUUUUGGAAAACAAAAAAGCUAACUUUCUUUGUUUUUUUUGGUUUUUUUUUGAAAAGUCGUCGUGAGGACUACGAGAUUUCUCCACAAUUUCGUACUCAGAUGGGCGACGGCUACGACUUUUUCGCGUCAGUACAGGAUGGCGUAAGCAUACAGCAUGCGUUUAGCUUGACGAAUCUCGUACUCGUAGUCAAAUCUAAAGCUCCCUAGUUAAUUUAAAGUGAGGUGAACUAAUUUUGAUCCAGUCCAACUGAGGAUUGAAUUAAUUUUGAUCCAGUCCUGGGACUUCACCAGGUGUCCAAUAUUAUUGUGUGAGCAAAAUAAAGCAAUAUGGUUGGUUAUUUACUCAUGAAUUAUUGAUGAGUUUGAGAUGUGUCAAGGCUGGUUUACACUAUCAAAGUUUCUGUGAUCACAGUAGAAAUUUUACAUAAAUGCAUUACAUGCAAAUUGUAACUUUGGUGCGUCUCUGGUUUAUAAAGCUCUUCCUUUGAGACAUAAGCAAUUUAAAAGAUGGGCCAGGAUUCGCCCCUGUUCGAACUCAAUUAUUCACUUAUGUUAUCUGUACAUCAAUGUUUAUCUAUAAGCUGGUUUACACUAUCAAAGUUUAUGUGAUUACAGUAGGAGUUUUUCAUAGGUAAAUUCUAAGUUUUGAAGGAUUUGUAAGAAAUGUUUGAGGAAACUGACUCAGUGUUUAACAAUUAACACUAAGUCAGUUCUCUGAAAUAUUUCUUACAAAUCCUCCAAAACGUCGAGUUUAUCUAUGCAAAAUUCCUGCUGUGAUGACAGAAACGUUGAUAGUGUAAACCAAUCCUAAAUAGUAUACGCUUAAAGGCACAGUUCAGCCUAUUGGAUGAUGGUUUUUAAGGCCUAUUACAACCCUUUUAAUUGAAAAAAAAACUAACUAGGAAAAUCAAUUAAGCAUAAUUCAAGAUCAAUGAUUUCAAUGUUCCUAACAUUUUUUAACAUUUUUUUUAUUGUUAAAAACAUCGAGUUCACAGUUAGUUUUUCAAUUAAAAGUACGCCUUAAAAACCAUCAUUCAAAAGGCUGAACUGUGCCUUUAAUGACUGCUCCCGAUGGAAAUAAUUUUUGUUUUCCGCGAGUUUUAAUGUUUCCCGUGUAAUUUAUCCCGACUCAAAACGCGUCACUUGGAUGCGAAAUGGAAUCUCUGGAUUUGGCUUAUUAUUUUACCCCGAAGCUUAUCUUUUGACCAUUCGUUUCCAGGUCGACGGUAAAGGCUCGGUUUCCGCAGACGGAAAGAGAACGGAUACAAUUCGAGCGAAGACUGGACACGAGUAAGAAAGGUCUCAAGUUUAACCCUCGUGGUGAGCCCACGGGUAUUACUGGUCCCGAUAUGAACGAUGAACUAUCUUUAUAUCUGAUACAACAGCGCAGGCGCAUUGAGUCCGAUGACGUCAUUGAUUCAGGCAUUCCCUCAGCCACUCGGAGCUUAGCCUCGUCAACCGAUCGCAGCUCGUUGUUGUCAUUCAGCGAUUCCGUUUUCCAAGACAACGAAUACCAUGACGACGAGCCGAAAAAUCGUGAGUUAGCCGCCGAAAAGGGAAUUCUGAAUCUCUCUCACCCUCCAAUCAAAGGUCCGAAGAGGGAAGUACAUAAAAAUCUAGCUAUGGAACGAUCUAGGCAGCAAACAAUGAAAUGGCGGUUUUCAAUUGACCCUCAUGAAGCACCCCUGUGGACCCAUUUGCCAAAGCCGGCCGAUAUCGAAGCAUUGAACGACAUGGACGUCGGCUUGGAUGCGAAAUACUGGAGCUCUCGGAAGAAAUUCCAAACUGGGCAAUUCAACCCACCCAAAGUUCUCCCAAAACCCCGCUCUCGCUCGUCGUCGGGAAUCUCUCGGUCUCAUUCGAGCAGCGAAGUUGACUUCGGUCGACGUUCGUCGUACGGUAGUAGCUCUGCGACUGAAGACAUGACCCCGCUCGCCUCGCGUUCUAGCGUCAAGGACAUGAAACAGAAACUUGCAUCCGGGGAGUUUCUGACGUCAACACCAUUACCGGUCAAACCGGUUGAACUUGAAGAGGGAUAUUUGCCGCGCUUGCGUGAUCUGCAACAGAAACUCGCGGACAGAGCCGAGAGCGAGCAAAACAAGAACCCAAAACCGACUUAUAUAUCCCCCGAGGAACUUGAGUCUAUGGGCGAGAGGAAGAGAUCCGUCACCGAGGAGUUGUUUACGGAGAAAGACGAGCCACCGAAGCCUAUCGAACGCCCGAGGAUGACACGAAGACGUAGCGAUGCCGAGUUGCUUGAUUUGCUGAAGUCGCGCAAAGAAGAAGCUGACCAGUCGGCUACUGAGACGGCACAGGAGAUCUCGAGCGUCGUGUCGGAUAUUUCUAGUACGUUCGGUGAUGGCAAAGGAGAAGUGAAAACGGAAGGCAAAGGGCAGGAAGGAAAGGAUUCUCCAGAGCAAGAGAAACAGAGAGCCAAAGUAGAGGAUAAGAAGAAGAUUGAGAAUGUGAAGAAGACGGAGGGAAACAAGAGAGAACAGGAGAAGAAAAAGGAUGCUGAGGAACAGCACAGGUAAUUAGUUGAUAUCGAGAGGCUCUUUGGUUGGGGUUUCGGACUCUAGGGACUUACAAAUCACCCGCGAAGAAUCUGUAAUCCUUGGAAUAUUUUGAAUUGUUACCGUCGAAGAGAAAGUUGCCAAAUCUGAAGGGUAGGGAAACAAAUAAAUAACUAAGGAGCCAUCGCGAUUUUUCGCAAACGUUUUACUUAGUUUGUCCAGACUGGCAGAUGGUUACGUGUAUUCAUCACGCACUUAUUGUUUUUGAACUUCCUCAAUUUCCUUUUAAAGUGUUUAAUUUAACUUGUAAAUAACCAAAUGCAUAGUAGUUAAGUAUUUGGAAUGUGGAAUAACUAGCAAUUACGCCCCUCCUGCAAACAAGCUUAGUCUGUAUCUCAAAAAAGUUGAGAGAGGCUAGCAUGAUGAAAUUUAAACCAUAUGGGUAUGUAUAUAUGACACGUCCAAUAGGAUUAGGGUUAGAGUUGUGAUUGAAAACAAAACAUGUUGGCGCAAUCAUCAAAACAAGCGAUUUUCAGCUCUGAGAUUGUAGAUUCGAUUCUGUAGACUCGUGACACUUAUGUGAAAGAGUCCUUCAACACUCUCACGGUACUUUUCUCUGGGUACUCCGAGUUCCUCCCACACGAAAUAUUCACAGGAUGGGUUGGGCCACAUAUAUAUUUCGCUUCUUCAAGUUCAUGAGGAUGUUACAUAACUUCAAUUUUCCAUUGUUGCAUAUUUUCAGAAAUACAUGUCCAGAAUUUUUAGUCAAGCUAAAAGAUUGUGAAGUGUUGGAAGGCAAUGAUAUAAGUCUUGAAACUGUUGUCAGCGGUGAUCCCAAACCAAUAGUACAGUGGUUCUUGGAUGAACGUCUGCUGACCAGUAAAGACAAACGUCACGCGAUUAUCUGUCAAGGGAGUGUCCACAGUCUGAGCAUAAAGAAUAUUCAAAUCGAAGACGAAGGAAUAUAUGAAUGUGUGGCUACCAAUGUCGCGGGAACGGCUAAAUGUGACUGCGAGGUUCUAGUCAAUGGUUAGUUUGCCCUUGAAAUUUCUGAGCUAAGUUUUGAUCAGUUGAUUAACCAGGGGCUGGUUGUACGAAGGCUGUAAAGUUGCGGAUAUGGACUUCACAAUUGUAAUUAAUAAUAAUAAUACAAUUAAGCAAUAACCUUUCUCCUCCUAAUCAAGGAUCCAAACGGGAAUUAACCAAUCGAUUAGAAAUCAACCAAUUAGCAAGUCUUUCAAUUAACUAGGCGAUUAAUAAAGCAAUUAGCCGCCAAGGCAUUAACCAGAUACCUACCAAGUAGAUAAAUGCUGCCACUCUAUUGAUGAACAAGCCAACAGCAGCUGAACUAACGAACUUAAGCCAGGCGCACACAAGUGCUAUGUGCUUAGCAAAAUAUCCAACGUGUUGAAUAUUUUUUGUCACGAAUGAACAUUUCCUCCACGUGUGCGCGCUCGAAAAGCUAUCACCUUUCAUUGUAAAUCGAAUAGGCAUGCCUAAUAAAGGAAAAUAAUUUAUGAGGAAUAUUCAUAUGUCGCUACUCAAGCAUCACAUUAUGUUUUAUUACGCAUGCCUAUUCGAUCUACAAUGAAAGGUGAUAGCUUUUCGAGCGUGCACACGUGGAGGAAAUGUUCAUUCGUGACAAAAAUAUUCAAUACGUUGGAUAUUUGUCUUACGCGUCACGAGUGACGAAAAACGUACAAAAGUGCACCGCACACGAGAGUUUUCUCCUUAUGCAAUCGGUCAUGAACGACAUUUUGCUAAGCACAUAGCACUUGUGUGCGCCGGGCUUUACUAAUUGAUUGACUAACUAACGCAAUUAAUUAGUAAGGCUUCGGUGGCACAAUCGUCAGAACAAGCGCAUUUCACCUCUGAGAUCGUAGGUUCAAUUCUCUCUGCGAACUCAUGACACUUAUGUGAAAAGAAUUUUGUCAACGCUCUACCGAAAGUCGUCGUGGGUUUUCUCCUGGUACUUCGGUUUACUCCCACAGGGAAUGUUGAGAAGAUGGGUUGGGAUUAAACCCUAAAUGCUUCGUGGUCAAACACGAGUCAUGAGGUGGCUGCCAAAGGCGCCCUUAGAAAGUCUUCUUCUCGACCCGAUAUGGUGUUGUUAGGUGAAUUUUUGGUUUAAAAAAAAUUGGUUUGCAAUUCAUCUAAUGGAAACAGUGAAAAAUUUCUAUUUUACUAUAAACUAAGAUAUCUUUGAAUGAUCCAGUUAGUUUUAACAAAGUCCUGAUAUUUUCCCAGUAAUAUAACAGUUUUGCUUACUAGAAUAUCUUUGUUUAUGUUUCAGAUUGAAAUGGAACAGCUGUAAAUGAAGGCAUAAAUGUUAAGCAUUUGAAGACUUCUAUUUAAAUAUGGCAAGAACAGAACAGUAAGGUUUGAGGCCUUCAAAUUAGGAUAAUUAUAUGACUAUUGACAUUUAAAAAAAUUUUUAACCAUAGCAAGUCACACCGACAGAUGCAAAUUAGUAUCUGUAGAUCUAGGCAAUUAAAACAAUCUCACACUUGCAAAUGGACUGUGUCAUAAUAUGUACAUUGUUAAUAAA